GUGCUUACCUUCUUGAAUUCAUAGCGAAGCACUACAGAAAUCAUGUUAGAGCACCUUGUUGUCAGAGCUUACAUUUGCCAAAUUCGAGUUUUCAACUUGAGAAGUGUUUUAGUUACUCAAAAGUCUUCAAGUGUUUCAGUUCGACCAUCACAAAUUCAGUUGGAUUCUAGUGAUAGCACUAGCGAGGUUGGAACUUUUGGGAGUGAAGGCAGUGGGGAAAGUGGGGGAAGUGGAGGAAGUGAAGGGAAUGGAGGUGAAGAGGAGACAAUUGCAUCUAACAUCUUAAAAAUGGAUAAUAGUAGAGGUCGAUGCUAUGAUGAGGUGGGAGAAAUGGUUGGGGAGGUGGUGGGGUAUAAAGCUUCUUGGAAGAGUAAGAGUAGCCUUACACACUUGGUGGAGAAUUAUGGCGUCACAUCCUAUGUGCUGUUAAGACCAAUUGAGGAUCAAGAACGGGCCUACUCGAUGCCCUCGAAUCAUUGGAUGCCUUUGUAUGCUCACUACAUGGCGACCGGGCUCAGAUUUCCUAUUCCAGAGCUACUAGUUACAUUGCUAAAAGAGUAUGGUUUGGGCUUAACGCAGCUCAUCCCAAAUGCAACUCAGUUGGUGAUGGAUGUCCUAGUAUACUGCCAAAUUAAAGGUGUGGCCAUCCUAACAGUGAACGUGUUCAAACACUUUUUCUUAAUUAAGGGUAGGAGUAAUAAAGAGAAGGGAUGGUUUUACUUCACACCUCGGGUGGCAAGAAGUCGAAGUAAAAGUUUGUUUAGUUCAGGUCCUUCUUCCAUCAAAAGAUGGAAUGACAAGUUUUUCUUCAUGGAUGACACAGAGUGGGGGAGGAUGAAUGCAGAGGUGGAGAAGCUCUACAGGUGGAACAGGAAAAAAGCCAACCCCAACAAGUAUAAGCUGGAUGAGAGAGAGCGAGAAGAGGUGGAGAGGUUGGAAAGAGGGGAUGGGAAGGUGGCAAACAUCAUACACCUCACUAACUUGAAAAUGUUAGACGUGGCCGAGAUCUAUGGAAGAAGCUCACUAAGCAGAGAGAUGAACCAGCUUAUGUUUGGAGGUAAAAAGGUGAGACUCUUAGAGAAGAGGUCGAAGGCUCCUUCAGUUGUGGUGGAGAAAAUAAUGAAAGCUUUGUGGGAGGUUGGGGUGGUGACGCAUGGAAAAGGGAACAACGCCCCUGUUUUGAAGCAGAAAUUUGGCCUUAUGGAAUCUUCUGGCAGGACUGCUACGAAGCAGUUUAUCAACUCCACCUUUCCAAAGAACUUCAAUGAUCUAACCUCUGAGCCCGAGAAGAACAUGGAGGAGUUGGCCAACGCUAAAAAGGUUGCUGAGCUUGAGGAUCGAAAAAGGAAGAUAAGUGAAGAGAAUUUAGCUAAAAGGGAAAACAAACUGGUGGAGGUGAAGAAGAAGGCCAAGCUAGUUGUCCAUAACUCAAUGGAGCAGCAUGUCUCCAACUUCAUCGAAUCGGCCAUGUUUUCGGAGAUCGUGGAUCUCUACUGCAUGCCCACGUUGGUGUUGGCCUUUACCGACUAUAGAAAGAAGUGGGAACAAGAUGAGGCUGGACAAGCUGUGUCCCUUUCAUGUAUAGAGUACAAAUUCAUUAUCGUUGAUGAGGAAGAAGUUGAGGUGCCUGAAGGUACCAAGGUCGGGGACAAUGCUCCGAAUCAAGAGAUGGACCAACAAUAUUAAGUCAUCGACUGAGCUUGGCCAGCUCAUUUUUAAUUUCCUUGUAAAUUUAACUUUCAAAACAUUUGUAAUUUAUUUUGAAUUAAUAUAUAUUUUGAUUUGAG